AUGGCAAACCAUAACGAUCAAAUUCCUAAUGAUCAAAUUCCUAAUGAUCUUGCACUGGAAAUUCUAGCAAAAUUACCCGUUAAAUCCUUGAAGCGAUUUAGUUGCGUGCGAAAGUCUUGGCUAAAUUUACUUGAGAAUCCUGAUUUUAAAAGCAUGUACUACGAGAAUUUAAAAUCUAAAACUGCCCACUCAUCGUCUCUCCUUCUAUGGAGAUUAUUUUACCAAAGGGAUGAAAAUAAUGUGCAUUUACUUUCUGGAGAGAGAUAUGAAAACAUGGUUACAUUAGUUUUGCCAACUCUGGUUGAGAGUUAUGGUCCCGGCGAGGUUCUAGAAUGUGUUAAUGGCAUUAUAUGUCACUAUGAACGAGGUCGUGAGGUAAUAGGACUUUGGAACCCCAAAACAGACGAGCAUAAAAUUAUUCCUCCAGGUAUUAGUGAUGAUGAGCCCGGCUUUGAUCGGCAUGUAAGUGUUCAUGGAUUUGGUUAUGACAAUGUGAAUGAUGAUUAUAAAGUGGUUCAAUGUGUAUAUUAUAUUUAUGGUCGAACUUUGUUUGAAGAACCUGUUCUAAGAAUUUGGCAAAUUUAUAGUCUAAAAAGCAAUUGUUGGAAGAAACUUGAUCUUGAAAUGACUCAGAAGGAAGAUGUAGAUAAAGCUUCUAUAGCGUACUUGAAUGGAGUAUGCCACUGGUGGGGUAGCGAGUUUGCCACGGAUGAACUCGAAGAACAAGUACUUGUGUCAUUUAACCUCAGCACUGAAACAUUUCGAACCACAUCAAUUGUUUGGGUGCAAGAAAAUGAUGAUAGCCCUACCAGAACUUUAGUAGUGCUCAACGAGUCUGUUACUUUGAUUUCCUCUUUUGCUCAGAAUAAUCGCAUUGAAAUAUCCAUUUUGGGUGAAGUUGGUGUGAAGGAAUCCUGGGUGAAGCUUUUCACACUUGGACCCUUUCAAUCAGAAUUUCGUUAUCCAAUGAGAAUGGGCAACAAAUGUGAUGUAAUAUUUUAUAUAGGAAAUGACAGUAAUGAAUUGGCUUCCUUUGAUGUCAUUACGGGCAAAGUAAUUCACAAUAUUAAUAUCAAAACAAGAAUGUUUGGAUAUGCCCAUUCGUAUCACCCAUUGGAGGCAUUGGAUUUGUUUAGAAGGCUUGUACGGACAGAUUUUAGACCAGAUGGACUAAUCGCUGCCACUGUUUGUUGA